AUGGACAGGCCCCCGGCCAUUUCUGGGCACGGCGGGUACCUCUCUAGCAAUCCCGCCCGUCGCAGGCCAUUGAGAGGCCACGGCCGCUGCCUGUUUCACGUUGCAGGCCCAACCCCCGGUGCUGGGCAGUGGACAGCCCGCACGGCUGGUGGGCAGAAGAAUGCACGCAGCGGGCGGGCAAGCGGCGGUGCAGCGAUAAGGGGCGACAUGCAGCAGAUGCAAGAGUGGGCCCCUCCACGUUCCUUGCUGCGGGGGCGCCAGAUGGGUGCAGCUUGAGGGGUAGCAGCAGGCCAAUCACGAGCUCCCGAUGCGCACCAGAAACGCCAGGCGGUAGCGCGGCUUUUCCAGCCGCAGCAUUCCGAGG